ACAAAAUAAAGUAAUGAUAAUAAUUAUAACGAAAGGAAAUUUAGCAGUAUGAUAAAUCGCUUUUAAUAAUGGUGUGAUAUGAAACAGCUGAUCCCAACAGCAAGCUAUGUAGUAAUGAUUUGGUGCAAAACCAUACUGUUGUAUUCUUUUCACUGUAUAAACAUCAAAGGUGAUCUACAAAUUAUUGUUUUCCAUCUUAAUAUAAUAUGUUGUCAAUUUACUAAUCGAAAAAGGUUUUAUUCCGUAUUCUGGGUUACAAACAAAAAUCUGGUGUGCUACAAAAAUAUGCUUGUGUCUUCAACCCUGCUAGGCACACUUCUUUGUAUGUUUUAUAGAGGUUGGCAAAUGCCAGGCACACUUUCCUGCAAAGUUCAGCUCCAAACCUAAUUAAACACACCUGAACCGUCUAAUCGAGGUCUUCUGAAUCACAAAUCACAGACAGGUGUAUUAGACCAGAAAUACUUCACAGGAAAGGGGGCCUCAAGGAGCACAUUUUAAGACAAACUUUAGUUAAUAAGAAUUCACAUUAGCAUGUGACAUCCCUUUCUAGUAGUAUAGCGCUGACAUCAAGCAAACAUUGUUUUUGAUACCUUAAUCAUGGUAUUAUUUAAAAGAUUGACUAUAACUAUGUAUCUAUAUCAAACCUAAUAAAAGAGCAGAUGGCUCUAUGUUGAAAGACUGUUUGACCUUGAUUCUGCAUACAAGUUAACCCAGGACAGAAGAAGAUGAAGGGAUGCUGCUCAUCUGAAGACCUAGUAAUGUGUCAUCUAUCACAGGCAACUGUCUGGAUUUUCUGGCUAGUUGUCUAACGCCCAUCUGCUUUGCACUGACGGCAAAAUGAACUGAUUCCACUUCACGGGGCUCAACAUGAAAAGGAACGGCUUAUACAAGUUUCUCUCAGUAUUUUCCUGUUUAAUCGUCUGCGUUUUCCUGUUGUUUUGGAUGUUUGCCUUUUAUUCGAUGGUUUUGGCACCAUAAAAACAAAGAGAUACAUUGCUGGCUUUCAUGAGGACAACGAAUGCUGAUUCGACAAACAGACGCAUCUGGUCCACUUAAGACACUGGUUUACGUUAUUUACCUACGUUUGCAUUUCGUUAUUAUUGCAAAUUUAUUCUGAAGUAUAAUUAGGAACUUUAAAUCAUUUAAAGUUAGCAUAAAGCGCAUUUGCUAACACUUCUACAGCAAAGGACAAACAAAAUACCGAUAUCUUCUGUUAACAAAAGUUUUCUUCAAAACUGUGAAUUUUUGGUAUAAUAGCGAAACUAUUGCAUAUUUCGUUCUGUUGAAAUUUAUUGGUUCAUUUAAUUAGUUAUAAAUUCACCGAGAAGCGCUAGGUCUGAAGUGAGACCAAAACAAACCGACUGCGCAUGUGCUGUGACGACAGUUGUCACAUGAGCUCAACCAGGAAGUCCUAUUCUGUGUGUGUGAGGAAUCUAAGCGCUUGGUAUUAAUGGCAGAGUUGAAGAAGGAGGAAGGUGCAGCUGCCCCAAAGCUGCAGUUUGCCCCAUUCUGCAGUGCCCUGGAGGCAGGCUUCUGGCAUCAGCUCACCCAGAAGAAACUCAACGACUACCGCUUAGAUGAAAGUCCAAGAAACAUCAAAGCCUAUUACUGUAAUGGUGAUCCUGAGGGUUUACCGACACGCUUGACCCUGGAGUUCAGCGCAUUUGAUGCUGAUGGACCCACACCUGCUCACUGUUGUCCAGUCUCCGGAACUCUGUACAACACCAACACAUUAGAAGCCUUCAAAUCUACAGACAAGAAAGCUCUUCUUGAUAAAGCGGCCGAUGAGAUUUGGAACACAAUUCAGUCCGGGGCCGCAGUGGAAGACUCCUCGGUCCUGAACAGAUUCAUCCUAUUGACAUUUGCGGAUCUGAAGAAAUAUAAUUUCUAUUAUUGGUUCUGCUUUCCUGCCCUUUGCUUUGUGGAGGGAGUGCAGCUGGUGAAGGAGCCGCUGUCAUUAGAGCAGAGAUUCACUGCCAAACAGAUCUCCAGCUUGCAGAUGGCGUAUGAUAAUCUUUGCUCCUCGACGGGCUCCACAGCAGUCCCACAUUUUCUGCUCAAAUACACAGAUGAAAGUGUUCACGUGGCUCCUCUAAAGGAUUUCAACAGCUUCGUCAAGGAUCUUAAGAAGAUUACGGUGGGUGUGUAUGACCCCUGCACGCUCCAUCAACAUCCCGGCUGGCCUCUCAGAAACCUUCUCAUCCUACUGGCAAAAAAAUGGGGUUCACAGAUGGAUGUGGUGGAGAUCCUGUGCUUCAGAGACAGAACUCUACAAGGGAGCCGCUCCAUUCGGCACAGCAUUGUUUUUCAGGUCAAGCUCCCGGAUCUGUCGACCUGCACAGUUUGUCCCAAGAGUGUAGGAUGGGAGAAGAACCCUAAGGGUGCCAUGGGACCUAGAAGCGUCAAUCUCAGUGAAUGUAUGGACCCUAAAAGGCUUGCCGAGUCUUCAGUGGAUCUCAAUCUGAAGCUGAUGCGAUGGAGGUUGGUACCCUCUCUGGAUUUGGAUAAGGUGGUGUCGACCAGGUGUUUGUUACUGGGGGCCGGAACGCUGGGCUGCAAUGUGGCCCGAACAUUAAUGGGGUGGGGUGUGCGACACAUCACUAUUGUGGACAACGCAAAGAUCUCCUACUCCAACCCAGUGCGUCAGCCUCUCUAUGAGUUUGAAGACUGUCUCAACGGAGGCAAAUUUAAAGCUCUUGCUUCAGUGGAUAGAUUGAAGAAGAUCUUUCCUGGUGUGAAUGCUGAAGGUUAUAACAUGAGCAUACCGAUGCCUGGCCAUCCGGUGAACUUUUCCGAGACUACGAUGGCUCAAGCUCAGCAGGAUGUAGAACAGCUGGAGAAGCUUAUCUCUGAACACGACGUGGUCUUCCUGUUGAUGGACACUCGCGAGAGCCGCUGGCUUCCUACAGUCAUCGCUGCCAGCAAAAGAAAGUUGAUAGUUAAUGCCGCUCUGGGGUUUGACACAUUUGUGGUGAUGAGACACGGUCUGAAGAAACCCAAAGAGUGCCGAUCUGAAGAUUCCAGCCCCAUGUCUUCCUCCAACUCCUCCUCUUGCUCUACACCAGCGGUCACUACAACACCAGGAGCAUCUUUGUUCUCCAAUAUACCUGGACACAGUCUCGGCUGCUACUUUUGUAAUGAUGUGGUCGCUCCUGGAGAUUCUACCAGAGACAGAACUCUAGACCAGCAGUGCACGGUGAGUCGUCCUGGUCUGGCCAUGAUCGCUGGAGCCCUGGCUGUUGAACUGAUGGUGUCUAUACUCCAGCAUCCAGAGGGAGGUUAUGCUAUGGCCAGUAGCAGCGACGACCGCAUGAACGAACCGCCAACUUCACUGGGUCUCGUGCCACAUCAGAUUCGAGGAUUCCUGUCGAGAUUUGACAAUGUCCUCCCUGCAAGUUUGGCCUUUGACAAAUGCACCGCAUGCUCAUUAAUAGUUCUUGACCAUUAUGAGAGGGAGGGGUUCCAGUUCCUAGCAAAUGUGUUCAACUCAUCCCAUUCCUUCCUGGAGGAUCUGACUGGUUUGACGUUACUCCAUCAGGAGACACAGGCAGCUGAGAUCUGGGACAUGAGUGAUGAUGAAAGUAUCUGAAGGCUUCAGGACCAGCACUGAACACAUGAAGUUCCUUUAUUUGACCGUGAUUCACAUGGCAACUCAUUGGUUCUUCAGUACUCAUUUACUGACUUCCUGCAAAUGUAACGGUGGAAAAAGAUGUCUUAAUUCCAAAUGGACUUUCUUGUUGUAUCUAUAGAAACAUUUGUUUUGUCCUGUUAUUUUUGUCAGGACGUGUCUAUGGACCUCAGGGUAGACAUCAUUGAGUAAAUGGAAAUGUAGCUGAAAGAAGUGUAAUUGCAGUAUUUCUGCAACAUCUCAGACAGCCCUAGUUUCACUCAGCCUAGUUUUUAUUCACAUAAAAUUGUUGUCUACACUGAAGUCCAUUUUUGCUCUAAUCUGCUUGAAACUGUUUGUUUGGGUGGAUCUUCAUAUUAGGGGUUUGAUGUCUAUAUUAUGUAAUGUCAAACUGCAGACCAUGGCCAGAUGUGUUACAAAUCGACUCUGGAGUAAGGUACAGCUUCUCUCUGCUAUUUGAAUAUGAUUGUGUUUUUCUGUUGGGAUGAAUGUCUGUAAUGUAUUAUUCAUUUGUUACCAAUUUCAGGUUUCAUAAAAUGUCCUGUUGCUCUGUUAACAAUAAAGAAUAUUGUGAAACGUU